CGUUGAGCCGCCUUUGACAAACUACUCCGUUACUGCGUAUGCGUACAUCCGCAGCUCUUUAUAAGUGCCACUUCCAACAAACAUCACCAGUCUUAUGAAUAUCGUACGAUCAUUUAUAUUAUUAACAGUUUACCAACCCCUCUCUUUUAUUAUUCUUCCUCUCUCUUACCGCUCUGUAUUAUUUCAUUAAGGCCUCUUAUUCGUUCACCCGUGUGUCUUAAGCCGUCGGGUGUCAACAAGGAAGCGAAGUAGACCACCGAUCGAUCACACUGUAUUUGGGCUAGACGCAAAAUUUUUCCAUAAGAAGGGCAUGGGUUUUUUCGACCACCUCCAGAAGAAGGGAAGCAUAGUGAUUCAGCCCAAGCGGCCGCAGAUCCGAAAAGUCGAAGCAGUAACCACACCCGCCAAACAUGCCCCUUCAAGAGCCGCAUCAGUCACAUCGGACUUUUCAGCCUCCAGACCAACUCCUCACUCUCACGCUCACCCCCGCCGUGACCGCGAUCGCCUUCUCACAUCCAGCAGACGCUCAUCCAGUUCUAUCCGCGCAAGUUCCAUAGCGAGCGAUCCCACCCCAUCCCGACACCAUGAACCCACCCGGCGUCUAAAAGCAAAGUCCGUACCCCGAAAGCGGCCAUCGCCUGUCCAAAGGUUAUCGAGUAGCAGCGACGAGAGCGAUACGGAUGCGGCUUUCUUUGAAGUUCGCAAGCGGGCGAAGGUUAGUGCCAGUGCGGGGCCAGAUAAAGAGCGCCGGGUUCGGUCCACGGCUGCGUUUGUGGAAAAUGCGGGGGAACAAACGGUCACCAUAGUAAACGCGGCUGAUAUCACAUCUGUGGAUAAACCUGCGGAGUUUAUCAGAGCGUUUGAGGAUGGGGGUGAUGCUGGGGCUGCAGAGCCGGUUACAGUUCGGUUGCAGUAUCCCGGCGCUUCCCAGGGUGAAAAAUACCAACUUGUCGUACCUCGGGAGAAAGAAGGCUUCAAACCCUUGGAUGACAUAGUCCACCUGGUCAACAUAGUGUCACAAAAUUAUAUACCUGAGGAAUAUGCCCACCUUUUUAACGACGAGGCCACUGGCAUUAAUCGCCGCUUCAGACGCGCCCUGGCGCACGCCUCUCAAUCAGAAUUCAUGGAAGCAAUCGACGAAUAUAAUAAUACCAUCACCCGGCUCCGAGCUGACGGCUCCAUCGCGAAACACCUCGAUACCAUACACAGCCUGCCGCUCCCCUUAGUCGAACGGAUCCUGAACCAAAUAUACGCCCGCACCGUUUCCCCACGCGUAGAGUCCCUCCGCCGGUACGAAAAUGGCACAGACAACGUUUACGGCGAGCUCCUCCCCCGCUUCAUCUCCGAGAUCUUCAAGCAAACCAAACUAAAAUCCAACCAGGUAUUCGUCGACCUAGGCUCUGGGGUUGGCAACGUCGUCUUACAGGCAGCGUUGGAAAUCGGCUGCGAGAGCUGGGGCUGCGAAAUGAUGCAGAACGCCUGCGACCUCGCGGAGCUGCAGGGGCGCGAAUUCGAAGCACGCUGUCGGCUCUGGGGGCUUGCCCCGGGCACCGUCCGGCUUAUCCGCGGCUGCUUCCUGUCGCAAGAAAGCAUCAUUAAGGCGCUGCAGCGGGCCGAUGUCGUGCUCAUUAAUAACCAGGCGUUCACGCCGGAGCUGAACAACUCGAUCAUCAACCACUUCCUGGAUAUGAAGGAAGGGUGUCAGAUUGUGUCGCUCAAGUCGUUUGUACCCGCGGGACAUCGGAUUCAGGCGCGGAAUUUGAAUUCGCCGGUUAAUUUGUUGUCGGUCAGACAGAAGGAUUACUGGUCUGAUAGUGUUAGCUGGACGCAUGCGGGGGGCACGUAUUUUAUUGCGACCAAGGAUAGUUCGAGGUUGAAGGCUUUUGCGGAGGGGAUGUUGAAUGAGUGAAGAACAUUUGGAUAUCCUGUUCCUUUUGUUUAUGCUUUUCUUUUGAUUCCCCCCACUCCCCUUCUUUUUUUUUUUUUUUGGAUGGAGGCUCGCCUUCUCGUUGGCUGGGAAGAAUGCUUUUGGAAACGCUACGAUCACAUUUUCUGAGGCGUUGGAUUUUCUUUCUUCCCCCGGCUCUCCUAUUAGAUAUUUUGGGUUAGAGUUGGCUGUGGGAAAUUAGAUGCACAAAUCGACGGCAAAUUGGUUUAAAGGUUGGAAUUCCGGCACGUACCUUGGCUUUUUUGUCGGGUUUUUUUUCAUGAUGAUACCUUGGUGGGUUUCUUCACCCAUUUUUCCUUCUCGGUUUUUUUUUUUUUUUUUUUUUUUUUUUCCUUUUCCUUUCUGCUUUUUUUUUUUUUUUUUUUUUUUUUUUUUUUCCUUUUCCUUUCUGCUUUUUACUCUUUUUGGGUCCCCUAUUCUUUCAUGAUAGACGCUGCGAUACCCUUCCUUCUCGUUCCAUUUUUUUGGGGGGGAUUUUGAAAUAUCCAUUUGACGAGCGGCAAAAAGGCUGGCCUAUUCGAUUAGAUGACGUGUGUGACCAGCGCUACUUUCUGCUAUGCGAUGGUAUCCCGUCUAGUCAAAUAGUGUGAUUGCGGGACUGUAAUGAUUCUUCUUUCUGGGUAGUUUUUUAUUUAGAGCGAAUCUUCCUAUCCCAAAAAUUCAAAAUUCAAUUAUGUAUCUCUAAUAUAUUAUGAUAUACCAGAUAAUGCGCCUGCAUGAUCCCCUCUCAAAAAGGAAAAAGCCUCAAUAUCAAUUCCGUGAAAUAGACCCCCAUCCAAGAGCUAAAAAGAAAAAGAAAAACGCCGUGCCCAUCGAUCUGCUUGAUCGAUCCGAUUUCAUCAGCUCGUGGAGCAUCAAGAAAACACCCUCU